AUGAAAGCGAAACAACCACUCAAAAAGCAAGAGACAGAAUUAGACGAAGGAGCCAAACCUUCAGACAUCACAGAAGCCACAGAGAGAAGACGCAGACAGACCCACAGAAUAUUUACACCGAAGACAAGGCAAAUCUUAGAAACCGAGACUAAUCAGAGCGCAGUUGGAGGAGCCUCAAAGGGCUAUCUUCACGAGCUCAUUCCCGAGACAGAGCGGGUUAAGUGUGAAGUAGGUCUGAGUUUCCACAGAAGCAGCACGGGUACUUAUGGGCCAUUACAAGCAGGGCGGCGCGGGGGCCAGCGCGGACCCACCAUAAAACGGGGCAACGACACCACCACACCCCGGGCAAGCCCACAUGGGCCAACGACGGGACCCCCGGCUUUCCCCGCUGAAAGGCCACCGCCCCAGAGGGGGCCCCACGCAAAGGCGGUUUCGAGCAAAAUGCGAGAGCUGGGGGGCUCUACCCCCUUCACCCAGCCAGUGGCCUCCCCUGCACCUUGUUGGGAAAAAGGCGGCGACUGGCGCCCCCGGGUGGGGUUUAUCGUCCCCUCAAUACACCCCACCGCCCCGGGACCGAAACCCCCUCCCGCACCUCCACCCCACACGGGAGCUCGGGGGAUGCCGAUUUUCUCUAAAAACGACCUCGUCAGAGCGUACCACCAAAAACCCCCUCGCCGAGGGGGCCCCGAAGACAGCUGUGAAACCCGCCCCUUUGGCCUGUACGAAUUUUCCCGGCGAAUGCCGUUCGGACUCCGCAACGGGCCAGACCCUUUCCGCGCUUCAUGGACGAUGUUUAACCCCCGGCCUACGGGUGUCUCCGUCUUUCCUCGACGAUUCUCAUCGCCAGCAGCAACAUGA